CAGCCAUCUGCCUUCCCGCCAUACUCAACACUCGACACAAAACACAAACUAUUAUCUUAUUCAGUCAUUUGUUCUGUGGUCAUUUGUGGCCUCGUGGGAUGGUUUACGAACCGCAAAACAACGAUGGCCUCAACAAAAAAUCCAGUGCUUUUAUAUGCCUACAAAUUGACUAAAAUACUUUCUUUGGAAGACGAGGCUUGGCAUGUGAGUGUUUACGUGUUUGGUUAUGAAAUAUCUUACGGAAAUAGUGGUAUCAAUAUAGAAAAAAUAAUGGAAAAUGAACCUUUCGAAACGAGAUUCAUGGGUCAUACAGAUCGAACCGGUACAGAAUUGUAUCAUUUUCUGGAGGAGAUAAAUACCGAAUGGACCGCCGAAACAUACGAUGUAUUAAGAAACAAUUGUCAGCAUUUUGCUGAAAAGGUUCUUAAAUUUUUAAGAGUCGGUAAAAACGUUCCUGGCAAAUAUACCGAUCUCCCAACAAGGAUUUGUAGAGCUUGGGGAUCAUGUGUCAGUGUGCCAAGCACACUUAUUACUUCAUUUACUAAAAGUUAUGGUCUACAUUCCCCCAGUCGAAGUAUUGCAAACUUUGGCGAGCAGAUAAAAAAGGAAGAAGAAAGAGAAAGACGAAUAGCUCUUUGCGAAAGAAACAAGCAAACAGCUUUUUCCAAAAUAAAAGGGCUGUUUCAAGCUCAUCCCGAAAAAACUUCUUCUGUAAUAAUUGAAGAAAUAAGUACAGUGCAAAACGGAUCAUAUAAUUCGAACCAAAUUGCAGUCCAACGGCGUAACCAGUAUCCUAAGCAAUAUAAUAAUAAAAUCAUUAGCUCUGGACGUAAUGACCAAAUUACAUUGAAGAUACAUAUUAACAGAUAUGUUUUGAAAGGAUUGUUUUAUCUUAUACUUACGACAAUAACAAUAAGUUUAUUCACUAGAUAUGUUUGAGUCUUGUUCUUAAUUUUUUUACACAGUGUACAGCUAGCGCAGAUUAUUUUGUCUAUGGUAGGAUGUAAUUUGCGCACUUGUUUUCACACCUUUAUACUAUUUUAUUGGCCACAAUAUAAGUCUUAUUUUUAUGAUGUAUAAUAAAUAAAUAAAAUUUUCAUAUUAGAAUAAAAAC